AUGCCGACUAAAGCUGUGUGUGUUCUCAAGGGCGACGUUAGCGGAACGAUUUACUUUGCCCAACAGGAAGAUAAGGGCCCUGUAGUGCUGACCGGUGAAGUUGAAGGUCUUGCAAAGGGCAAGCAUGGCUUCCACAUUCACGAAUUCGGUGACAACACAAAUGGAUGCACAUCAGCGGGCGCGCACUUCAACCCCUGCAAGGUGGAGCACGGUGGUCCAGACGCCCCCAUCCGUCACGUCGGAGAUCUCGGCAACAUUGAGUCUUCUGGUGGCGGCGCCACAAAGGUGUGUAUCCAAGACAGUUUGAUCUCCCUGAAUGGACCCAACAGCAUAAUUGGCCGUACCUUGGUUGUGCACGCCGACCCUGAUGACUUCGGCCUUGGUGGUCACGAGCUGAGCAAGUCAACAGGCAACGCUGGCGCUCGCAUUGCUUGUGGUGUCAUUGGAAUCGCCCAGGUCUAG